UUCCGUUAUUCACAAACGACGCCAUUUUGGUUGUUACUGCUGCACUUUGUUUCCACGUCUGUGUUUGCAUUUUGCUCUUUAUCCCGCACGUAUCGCACGUUCUGCACGAUGUAUGCCACUGUUGCUUUGGUUUAUCAUCAAGCCCAGGACGAUCUCCACAGGUUUAGGAACUACCAGGCCCCCGUCUCCCAAAAGACUCUUCCUGUCCCUGAUCCUCGCCCUAGUGUCUUCACGAUCACCGUCAACCCCCUCUCAUCCCAGCCCGACCCCCAGACCUCCCUCCCCGUCCCUGCCCACAGAGCCCGCCCUCAAGUUGUGGAGAUAGAUCUUGGUGAAGAAUCCAAGCAGCCCCAGUCGUGCUCGGCAGUCCUUGUGUCCUGUGUGAAAUACAUGUUCCAGAGUUUCUUCACGGAGAGAUAGACUUUGGAUUUGUUUUCUGUGCCAUUGUUGUGUGAACUACUGGUUUUGGGACCCUUUUGACUAACCAUUUGGACUAUUUGGGCUUAUUUCUGAAAACAUACAUAAUGUAAUAAUCUUAAAAAUGAAUAUGAUAAAUGUUAUUGCUUAAAGAACGCGUGUUGUAUAUUGGUAUUUUCUCAUUUUUCUGCAUUCCCUGUUGUGAAAAUUGAUGACACUCGAAAUCAAGAGAUGGCUUUGCAGGUGAUCGAUGCAAAAUCGUCGCUUCAACCUAUCGUUAUUUUAAGAGUCUGUAAAAAUGAGGAUCGUGUGGAAAAAAUGCUCGAUUUACCUCAUAUAAUAAGUAUUUGUUUACUGUGUCAGUGUAGUUCUUGGACCAUUUCGACGAACAACUUAGACUCUUAAGCUGCUUGACAUAAUUCUGUUUUCAUAAAUUUUAACGUAUGCAAUACUCCCCACAACAUUCCUUGAAGACCACUUAAUGGAUCGGGUGCUCAGACUCGGUGCCUUGAUUCAUCGCGUGUCAUCGUUCUCUAGCGGCGUGGAUCGUGGCCCAUAACAUUGUAACAAAAAUUCCUAUUUUAUCAAAGCUAACAGUUACAGAAUUAAGUAUACCAGUAAACGCCAACUUGAGUCACGUCUGUCAUGUUUACAGUCGCCAUCUUGAUUUUCUUACGUCAGGUUUGCGUAUCAUAUGACCUUAGGUCACCCAUAAAUAGACCUGUCAAGGUUAACUACAACUGCGGCACUUUUGACUUUGACAAACAAGGUAGGGUUCCAGGGUUAGUCACAGCUAAAUUCUAUUUUCGUAUUCUAAGAGAUUUUUAUUGUAUAACAUUUAAUAACAUGGCUAAUAUUAAUGCUUGGUCUGCCCUCUAAGUAUUUUAUCGCGGAUUGGUGCUUACUUACCUUUGCUGACAUCCGGAUGACGUCUUGUUGACGUCUGCAUAACAGUUCCGAGAUUCCGACAGCCAUUCCGACGGAAUAUUCCAAGAUUGUAAUGAUUCGAGCAUACAAGUAACAGUGACAGUUAUCACAAGUCGCAAGUGAUUUGUCGUCGUAUAAAAUAUUACAGUUCCUAUAUUUUAUACAUCCUAUAUUUAUUUGUCAUCGUCAUGUCAUUGUCAUCGCGAUCCAGAGGGUCCGAGGUCGUUCCGACCGGAUUGUGUAAAUUAUCAAGUUGCGUGAUAAUGCUGCCACAGCCAAGUGUUUUUAUCUACCGAUGUUUACAGGGAUCGUUCAAGAAUCAAUCUUAUAUAAAUAAUUCCAAGCUUUAAUUAGGAUUUGACUCCAUAUGAUUGAUGAAAUUCUGGGGUAGAAUAUGUCUUCAGCAUCCAAUGCUUGCCAUAAGAAGCGACUGUGCUUGUCGUAAGAGGCGACUAACGGGAUCGGGUGGUCAGGUUCGCUGACUUGGUUGAUGCAUGUAAUCGUU